AUGUCUUGGCAAACGUACGUUGACACCAACCUCGUCGGCAGCGGCAAGAUCAGCAAGGCAGCCAUCAUCGGUCUGGCUGGCGGUGUCUGGGCGUCCUCUGCAGGGUUUACACUCUCGGCCGAGGAGCAGAAGGCGAUCGUUGACGGUUUCAAGGCACCAGAUGGCAUCCAGGCAUCUGGCUUCAAGCUCGCUGGCACGAAGUACUUCACCAUCCAGGUCGGGGAUCGUACGAUUCAGGGAAAGAAGGCGGGUGACGGUGCUGUGCUUGUCAAGACAAAGCAAGCUAUCCUUGUCGCCGAGUACGCUGCACCGGUGCAGGCGCCAGAGGCCACCGUCGUUGCGGAGGGUCUUGCUGACUAUCUUAUUGGCGUCGGCUACUAG